ACAAUCAGUUAAGAAUAAGAGGAACAGGUAAUAAUGUAAUGUUUCUUACAUGACGUCAUGGUAUUGUAAGUUUCUUUGGGUAUAACCGUGUGCCAGAACGAGGCUGUUUUAAGGCCGCGAGAGGAAGUAGGCCUGUGUUCAGGUGAAUUUUGGGCACUCGACAUAGGAAGGAAGUUCUGAAGGCUACUGAUCAUGUGUGUGAAGUGCUCUUUAAGCCGAUGUGGUCUGGCAAAGUAGCUGUUGUUUUUCAUUAUCAGGGAAUCAGUUUUAAUCGACAGGACAAGGCACUUAUAGUGAAAUUCCGUUGAACCAGGCGACUACCCGGUUGACACAUCAAUCAUGGCGUCGCCAUCGAGUUCGAUGAGCCAGGAAAGUUUAGACCAUGAAGAGGGUGAUGACGGCUUCGCGAACAGAACCAAGAGUAAAAAUAUCCGGCUGUUGAGAGCUAGAGGAGCUCUUCGCACAGACAGAGACAACGGGGAUAGUUACGAUACCAGAGACAGCACCGUUCAAAACGGCGAUACCGGGGAGGGGGAAGGGUGCGGGGGUGGUAGUAGUGCGGUGGGAGAUCAUGAGUCGACAGGCAGGUCACUUGCAUCCAGAGAUCGACCUAAAGAUAAGAGAACGAGACCCAAUCACUUACAGAGGGGCAAAUUACCCAAAGACAAACGAAAACUGCGAGAGAAAAGGCGAAGUACAGGAGUGGUCCAUUUACAGUCAACAGAGAGUACUGGAGACUCCUUAGAUGAUGAAGAUACAGACAAGGAUAGACCUGUGAUGGAAACCAGCCGAAAUACCAAAUACAAUGAAAUCAUUGAUGCCGACAAUCCACAAACACCUGCAGAGAGUCAUGGAAGGAAAAGUUUUGCAGCCAGGAGGAAUAAAAGCCCCUCUGACCUAGAAGCUGACUUAGAGGACAACCAGGAUUAUGACAGUACUGUUAGCCAGUCAGAGUGUAAUCUUGUGCUCAUUGACCAAAAGGAUCCUGUCUCCUAUCCCAAACGAACACCAGUGCCCGUCUCUCAACACACUACCAGGGCUCCUGGUUAUUCAAAGAUUGGCUACGGGGUGGCGGCUACUUCCGUGAGGGGAGAAUCUCAAGUAAAGACGUCCUAUGUCGCCUCUGUCUUAUCCACAUAUCCCACAAGCGAAACAAAUCGCCCACGACAUUCCAGUGUUUUGAGCCGGUAUCAACCAGAUAGAAAACCGGAGACAUCCUUUAAAUCAGACUUUGGCCAUCGUUUUCGCGACAGAGACAUUUCAUCAACUGGUACCAGUGUAACCAGGGUACAAUUACCAAAGGAAAACCUGAACAACUCCAAAGGCAGCAGUUCAUACAGCAGCCGGCAAGCCGAAUCUCAGUCUUCUCAGCUGGAAAUUUUGAAAGAAGAAAAUAGACGCCUUGAAAAACUGCUGGAAGAGAAAAACAGAAGGAUUGGAGAGCUGGAGGAAAAGAUAUCUGCUCUAAAUGAGAUGAUUCACUGAUAUGAAGGUAGCAAGUCAUCUACGUGAAUGAACAAAAUGACAACUUGAAGGGGGAAAACAGCGCAUUGCUUCGAGCUCUCACCCGACUAACAACUUAAAAUGGGCAGAAGUAUUUGUUUUUAUGAUGCUACAUCAAACCACGCAUCACAAGUGAAAUGGACAUAUUGUUAUGACAGACUUACUUGUUGUUCUUUAUUUAUGAUUGCUUGCAUAAUACCCUUGAAAGCAUAAUUCCAUUUCCACUUUAUAUGGCAUUUAUAGGCUGACCAGGAAAGCCUGCUUCAGCUAACAUAUCGCUACGGUUCGGGGAAGCUACAUGUAAUAUCCUAUUUCUCAUUCAGAAAAGUCUUGGAUUGUCUAUCCAGUUAAACAAAAAUAUACAGACAUUACAUUGCUGCAAUACCAUGACAACUGCUACUAAAACUUGAUAAUAACAUUUGGUUCCAUAUCAAAUAUGUGGGAAGUGGAGCUUUACUUUAGAAAGCCAUGUACAUAUUCAAAUAAAAGUAUUUAUCAUUA